UCGGCCAGUGCCAAGAACAGAGCAACACGGCAGUUGGAAGUGGGAGACAUGGUAAUGGCACGUGAUUACCGAGGAAAUCUAAAGUGGAGAUCGGGAAAGGUCAUUGAAAGGAUCGGCCCUUUGAUGUAUAAGAUCGAAGUGACAUCGGGCGUAAUCUGGCGCAGACAUAUUGACCAACUGCUGCCAACCGAAGUUAAACUAAGCACAAUACAGGACAGGGAGCAAACUGCGAAUAUGGGAGUAGUGCAGCCGGAAGUGAUAUCCAGUUCAAGUGAACAGACGUUGCCAAUAGUAGCAGCAGACUUGCAAGUGCAACAAGGCUCCAGCACCCACGAACUUGUAAAUGAGAGCACUACAGAGACAUCAAUGCCUUUGGCGACAACGAGCGAACGAAGAUAUCCAGAAAGAGUGAGGAAACCACCUGUGAGACUUGAUCUCUAA